CACAAGCCCCCUUUUAGUUUCAAUUCCAUAUCGAUCAAGCAUCGCUGGCCAACCGCCGUGACAGUUCCAAAGCUUACAGCAACAACUCACAAUCGAACAAUUGAAUCGCGACGAAAGACAACCACAUUCUCACCAAAUUCCCUCAACCCGAACGCCGUCCACGGCAGUCAUCCCGCCCAUAUGGCGCGCGAUCGCCUGCCCAGCAAAUUCGCCAUCGUACUAACCGCGCUGCACUCCCUCUCCCUCCUCGCAUGCUUCACAUCAAUCAUUUCAUCAGCCGUCUCAGCGGCACAAAUCCCAGAGGAAGCCGUGACCACCACCGGCGCAUUCGUCGCAUCAUUUUGGACUAUCGGCGAAGACAUUGCCGAAAUCGCGGCCCUCGCCAACGCGCGCAUUCGUCGAUGUCCGGCCAAAUGGCUGUACAUCCUCGAGCUCGUCACGGCGAUUUUUUGCUUUGCGCUGCCUGCUGCGUCGAGCCUGGGGUAUGAAGCGGCAAUGUAUGAGCGGUGCAGAUAUGUCUCGUACAAGGAUGAGGAAAAGUUUGCUUGCAGGCGCAGUGCUGGGCCCAUGGAGACUGCGGCGACGGUGGCGAUGGCGGGGGUUUAUCUCGCUGCGACGAUUCAUACGAUUCUUUUCUUCCUGACGGUGAUUCAAUACUGCGUUAUGAAGAGGAAGACUACUUAGAUCUGCCGGUGUUAGCUGUUGUCUAAAGUGAAAAGUGAGAAGAGGGAGGCUUGAUGUAGAGCAUAGAAUGGAGGAGUACUUCGAACAGUAGCAAUAUGGACACUCUGGUAACAACGGGAUAUGUGGUUUUCUCCGCUGGUUGAACUCGACGCAGUGCAAUCCUC